AUGGUGAGCUGGGGGGGGGAAAGGGGGGGAUUACCGCUGCCCCCCCCAGACCCCCCCCCGGCGUUACCGUACUUCAUCCGCCGCUCCCGGCUCCACAACCUGCCCGUCUACCCCCACACGGUGAAGGGCAACCGGCGCCUCACCGAGCUACGGCACGUCGAGGGGGACAUCUGGGCGCUGGAGCGAGAGCUGCGAGAGUUUUUGGGGGGGCUGGGGGUGAAGGAGCUGGAGGUGCAGGUGAACGAGGUGACAGGGAGCCUGCGGCUGAAGGGGCACUGGGAGCGGGAGCUGCGGGACUGGUUGCUGCAAAAGGGCUUUUAGCACCCCAAAAUAUAUCGGGGGGACCCCAAAAGUGACCCCGAGGUGCUGGGGAAGGGGGGGCACCCCGAAGUGGAGGGGGAGCCGCUCACGAGGCAGGGGGGACCCCAAAAUGGAGGCAGAGGUGCUGAGGGGAUUCUAAAAUGGAAGCGAAGUUGUUUGCGAGCGGAGCAGGGGGACACACACAAAAUGGGGGUGGAGGGCCCCAAAAUGGGAUGGAAAGUCACUCACAAGGGAGGGGGGUGGUC